CUUGCCCUGGAAGCCUAACAUAUAACUUAACAUAAGAAAGUAUUAACACCUAAGAAUGGGUUCAUGCAAUGAAGUUCUCCUGCUGCUGCCCCUCUUGCUGGGGGUGCUGAGUGAACCCCUCACAGGGAGGAACUUUACUUCUUCCUCUUUUCUGAAUGCUACUGAGAAAACCAUGUCAUCAGUGUGUGGACGCCCCCAAUCCAAAAGCCGAAUUGUCUCAGGACAGGAUGCCCAGCCAGGGCAGUGGCCAUGGCAAGUCAGUCUUCUUGAGAAUGGUGUAGCUGUGUGUGGUGGCUCACUCAUUUCUACAACCUGGGUGCUAACAGCUGCCCACUGUAUGAAGAGCUUGCUGCCUCCCUCAGAUUACUCAUUAGUACUGGGCUCGAUGUCAUCUUACCCGAAUAAUGAUGAUGGUGUACAGAUUCGAACAGUGGUCCAGAUCGUCCAACACCCCAGCUACGAAAAAUAUGGAUAUGGGGACAUUGCUUUGGUUCAAAUGGAUUCACCAGUCAACUUCAACAACCUCAUACUCCCCAUCUGCCUCCCAGACACUGCAAAACAAAUAUUCGAUGGGAAUCUGUGCUGGGUGACUGGCUGGGGACAUAUUGGGGAAAACCAAAAUCUCCCUCCGCCUUUCAUCCUGCAAGAAUUGGAGGUGCCCCUCAUCAGCCACCAAGUCUGUGACAUGUACUACCACAAAGGUUCAACUGUCUCUCCCUCGGUGCCCAUCGUCCUGUCUGAUAUGAUUUGUGCUGGUUUCCCUAAUGGCCAGAAGGAUUCCUGCCAGGGUGAUUCUGGAGGACCACUGGUAUGCAAUAUUAGUGGAGUCUGGUUCCAAGCUGGUGUUGUAAGUUGGGGAGAAGGCUGUGCGCGCCCCAACAGGCCUGGAGUCUAUACCAACGUCAAUGUCUACAAAAACUGGAUCCUAAGUAUAGUUCCAGAAGCUGGGGUCAUUAACUCUGAUGCUGCUGAACCCAGGCUGUUCCUCCCUAUUCUACUGCUACCAGCUCUAACUUUAUUGGGGAAUCCUUCCCUUGCCUUGGAGACAUGCUAAACUCAAAAGAGAAAUUAAUAAAAUUGAAACUAAGAAAAUUAUUGAACUAAUUUAUAAAAUUAAGAGUUGAUUUUAUGAAAAAAUCAAAAAAAUAAAUAAAUCUUUGGUUAAUUUGAUUAGAAAAAAGAAAGAAAAAAACAAAUUAUCAGCAACAAAAAUGAAAAGGAUAAACUUACCACUAAUGAAAAAGAAACUAUUUUGCCCAACUGUAUGCCAGCAAGUCUGAUAAUCUAGUUAAAAUGGAUGAAUAGUUAUAAAAAUAUAAAUUGCCCAGCUUAACAGAAGAGGAACUAAAUUAUUUAAAUAGUCCCAUUUUAGAAAAAGAAAUUGAACAAGUCACCAAUGAACUCCCUGAAAUGUGCUAAGUAUGGUCAGUCUUCCACCUGCCACCCCACCCUCCAACAGCUCUAAAUCUCAGCCUUCCAUCCCAAGGAUUAUAUACUCUCUCCUGCAGGCAAAUUGAGGGGAAAAAACCCUGAAAAUCAGUUUUGUAAUGUGGAUAAAGACCUGAUUGGGGUGAAAAUGUAAUGCCAGAGAAACUGAGGCAAGACAGAGAUUGGGUUUUUAAUAUUUUCAUUGUGGAGAAUUUGGGCUAGCCAGUGAAACAGGACUCAUGUCCAAAAGAUGUUCCACCUCCCCAGCUGGCGGCAUGGAACUUGUCUCAAAGCGUUCAGCCCACAAGCAAUUAAUUCCAGAUACUUUAUAUUAUAGAGCUCCAGGGAAACAAAGGCAAGGGGAGAGGGGAGAGAAUACUGGGUGAGUGAACAAGCCAUAAUUCCAGGAAAAGAUCAUAACUUAGUACUGACAAGAAGGGGGUCAAGAUAGGAGGGUGGAGGGGUAGCUAGGUGGUGCAGUAGAUAGAGGACUGGUCCUGAAGUCAGGAAGACCUGAGCUGAAAUUUGACCUCAGAUAGUUAACACUUCCUAGCUGUGUAACCCUAGGUAAGUCACUUAACCAGCAGGCACUUAAGACAAUCCCCCUGGAAGUUUAUGACUCACUGGUAUUUCAGGGCCUCCUAAUUUCUCCAUUCCUCAAGAACAAGGGAGGGGGGCUAUAAUAAUUUUAUUAAGGGCAUAAUAAUUCAAGGAAGCUGAGGCAUUACAAAAAAAAAAAAAAAAAAAAAAAGAUGAUUGAGUUCACAAAGAUCAUGUGGGAACCUAAAAAGCUACAUGAUCUUUUUGUUGUUGUUACAAUUUAAUAUUUUAUUUUUCCCGUUACAUGUAAAACAUUUUUACACUAGUUUUUAAAACUUUGAGUUUCAGAUUCUCUCCUUUCUUCCUUCUAUACCCCAUCCUCCGCUGAGAAAGCAUAUGUGAAACUGUGCAAAACAUUUCCAUAAAAGUCAUGUUGUGAAAGAAAACAUAGGUCCCCUCCCCCAAAAAAAACCUCAAAAAAACUAAAGUUAAAAAAGAAAACUAAGCUUUAAUCUGCACUCAGACACAAUUAAUUCUCUAGGUGUGGAUAGCAUCUUUCCUCAUAAAUUCUUCAGCAUAGUCUUGGAUAAUUGUGUAGCUGGGAAUAAAAGUUACGUGAUCUUACACUGCAUUGAUAGAAAAAACAAUAUCCAGAAAAUGAGAAGAAUCCCACUGUCUUUAAUCCUUAUCAGACUACAUCUAGAAAGCUGUAUUCAGUUCUGGACAUUAUAUUUUAGAAGGAGUCCAGAGAAUGGUGUUUAAGAAACUGGAAUGCCUAAUCUAAAAGAGUAUGGGCUGGGAUUGGGAGAAAAAAUCCCAGUUAUCAUAUAUUCAAAGGGCUAGCAUUUGGAAGGUGAAUUAGAUUGGCUAUGCUUGACCCUUCAGAAAAACUCAAGUUGAACUGCAGAGGGGACCCUGAAAUUCUGAAAAUCCUUCAAGGAGAAAAUCUCCUUCAACUCUGCCACAGUGAGGGACUUUGCCCUGAGUGACAAACAGUUUCACCUUGUCAUCUGGGUCAGUCCUGAAACUCACUGAAUUCAAUUCAAAUUCUAACUCAAGCUGAAACCCAGUGAGGAGCCAACUUGGGACUCCACCCACGAGCCCCCUUCAGCUAAAUCUCUCAUUAUAAAAAGAGCCAAAUUAAAACCUCUCUUUGCAGAGGUUCUAGGCAUGCCAGCUAUACCAUGCUUGGCCCAAGGAGCUUCUGUCCACUGGAAUACUCUUUCCAGUGCCAUCCUCUCUUUACCCUCACCUAUUUCCCUAACCAGACUUUAUGCCUCUCUGUCCUUACUUCCUUUUCCUUACUUCCAAUUUCUAUAAUAAACUUCUUUUAUCAGUCUAGGUUUUUGGGUCUGUAGAUUCCUUUACAGAGAACCUCGGUGCACCAGAAAGGAGUUCCUCAAAUUCCCUACCCAUGCGCUGAAUCCCAAGGGGUUACGGGGAGCCAAACCUCUCCAUUUGGUUCCCUGAACCCCGAACCUGCCACUAGGCCUUGUCAUUUAACUACCUGAUCACCAGAGACCUUAAUUUCAUUGUGGUUCCCUAAAUCUAAACCUCAUCAGAACAUUGCAACAGAUUUUGACUUAGAAUAGCAAAAAGAAAAGGAAGCUCAUUAUAGGACUAGAGGUAUCCAAUGAUGUAAUGAGCUACCCAAAAAUGAGCUGUCUAUCCUUAGAACUACAUAUAUAGUCUAGAUCUGCACUGAGUGGGCUAUUGUUUUAAGUGACCUCUAAAUCACUUGUGUUUGGUCUUUUUAUUGUCUUUCACACAUACCAAACUUAUUCUUGCCUCAACUUUUUUCCUCCUAGUGUAUACAUUCACUCACACACACACCCCAUCAUUCUUCAAUCUAAAUCUUAUCAUCCUCUAUGAGACCAGUCCUAAUGAUUCUGGGUUACACUGAUUUCUUCUUUCUCUGGCCUCCUAUAGUAUUUAUUAUCAAUACCACAGAGGCCCAAUCUUACGUUGCUCUUUUAUUAUUUCUUUCUGGUCAUCUGAAUUUUAAAAUGUCCUUUAAGUCCAAGAUCAUGGGGUUUUUUGCCUCAUGAAUGAUUGACAAAAAUCUGGCCACAUAGUAAACAUUUCUGAUUCUCUACUCAAAUAAACUUUGCAUUAAUGCACUGUAUAUAGUUGUCUCUGUAGUGUUUAUGUCCCUUUUCUUGAUGUAUACAUGCCUAUAUCUAUAGUUUAGUACUUUUAAAACUGCAAUACUUUCCCAUUAAAUGAAUUGGCCUGACUGGCUAAAACUGUAUCUAGGCAAGGCUGUACCUCUUUAAAAACAAAGGCCCUAUUAUCUUUUCAAAGAAUAUGUCUCAAGGUCAUUCCCCUUGGCAAUGAUUAAAGUCAUUUGGAUAUAAAGACACAUUAAGAUGGCUCAUUUCCUACUGGGUUUUUUCCCAUUCUGCUUACCUAGGCAAUUUAUUGCCUGUGAUAUUUUGCUUUACUGCUGAGAACCGCUGAGAUCUUUCCUUGUUUACAAAAAAUUAAGAUAAUGCUCCUCUAGGUCUGAAUGAAGUCAUUUUCAUUUGGCUUUUUUUUUUUUUUUUUUUUUUUAUAAUUUCUGGGGCUAUAGGUAACAAAUGUCUGCAUCCCAAAAGCAGUGAGCGGUCCAUCACUCACCAUCCCAUCCAUUCAAUCACUGCCUGAGAGCACCUGAGAGUUGAAAAAUCAAAACAUAACUGAUGCAGAUUAGAGAUGAGACCUUUCCUAUAUAAAGUCGGAAUGCUGCUGAAACAUAUUUAGUACCAGGGUCUCCACUGGCUGUGCUGUCAUACAACCUUGGGUGUUAACAACAUUCCUAAACACAAAUCUGCUUUGAGACCUUUGACCUUUGUGCUGCUCAAAAAGGUGGUAAAGAUUCACUUUAAAAUCCAGUCUUAGAAGAAUUUUAGCAUUUAUGUCCAUUUCCAGCCCUCCUGAGACCUUUCCUGUGUACAAAAUACCUUUCGAUAAAUCCUUCUGUUGUAAGUGAUGCAGACUUGCUUUCUCCCCUUGCUGGGAAGAAGACCAAGCAGCUAUUAUCAAGUAUAACCAAUUCCCAGACUAUCCUGUUUAUACAGAGUGAUUGUAUGGAACUCAUUUAUCAACCUUCCUUGUCUUCCCCCCAAUCUCUGUGCAUCUUUAAAUAAUCUUUAGAUGUAAACUGUGAUCUUUGGAGUAAGGGUCCAGGUCCUGGGUUAGAAAUCUCAAACUCCUCUGAGAGAGGCCCCAUCCUCCUGUUCAAAAGGGAAACUCCCAGAUAGUAAUCUCCUUAUUCAAUUCAAUUGGAAAUCUUGGCCUGGGGCAUAAUCACUUCCCUUUAUUGAGUUGAAAAUUAGUCCCUCAAAUUCAUCUGGAGAUUGGUCCCUAGCUCCAGCCAAAAAAACCCAAUAUAAUCAAAGGCUGUGUGCCCAAACCGUUGCAAAAAUCCUAACAGGAUUUUGCCCACUGAGAAAGUAGUUUUCUCAGUGUAAUAAACCCAUUUUUUGCCACAAACCUUGACAUUAGGGUUUGCAAAUUCGCCAGAAGACCCAAUUGGUGUUUGGGUAUCUCUCACCUUCAUUUCUCACACCUUAGCACUUUGAAAUAUUGAUAAGCAUAUCAUUAGACAGGUCUAGGACCUCAUCUGCCAGGUGCACUCCAUCUGACUCCUUGGUCUCUCCCUCUGAGUUCCCACCUUUACUUCGUUGAGGAACUUCCAAGAUUAUAUUUUCCCUAUAAAAGAUCUACUCAGGUUGAAGAUCUUUGCUAAAUUCUUUCCAAAACUAAGCCCAAUCUGAGGCACUCUUUUUCUCCCUCUCACAGUGUCUUCCCUCUAAUGACAUCUUUUUCAUUACUCUAGCUAACUGAUUAGUAUGCUAAACUCCUUUAUGGAUCUAACCUGCUAGUCAAUAGCAUGCUUAGGUCAUGGCAUAUUCCUUUAAUGGAUUCUUCCAUUAAAGGACUUUCCUUGGUAACCCUAUUGCUCUCCCAACUCUGUUUCAUAUCUGCCAUUCCUGGUGCCUAUUUUACCUCUUAUUUUGUCUAUAACCUCUUCUUGAUUCUUCUCCUAAAGCACAGCACUUGGUGCCACAUCAUUUGCUACAUCAGCCACUUCAGUAAGCAGGUGCUGUGCCUAUAGCCUGUUUCUUUACUCGCUGAGUAUAACUGAGUUUUGAGUUUAACACAAAAUCACUCAGAGAAUAAUUGCCAUUAAAUAUAGGGGAGACGAGAAAAAUCUGGUUAAUUCCCCCUUUAAAUUAUUUCUUAUAACUUAGAAUGGAAAAUGCCAAUUGCAUCUAGAGAGAAAUAUAUGGAGAUUGAAUAUGGAUUGAAGCAUAGUAUUUUUAUCUUUUUGCUUUUUCUUUUCUCAUGGUUUUUUUCCCCUUUGGUCUGAUUUUCCUUGUACAAUAUGACAAAUAUUGAAAUAUGUUUUAAAAGACUGCACAUAUUUAACCUAUAUCAGAUUGCUUGCUGUUUUGAGGAGAGAAGGAGGUAAGGGAGGGAGAGGAGAAAAUUAAAACAAAAAGUUUUACAAAAACUUUUUUUUUACAAAAAAAAAAAAAGUUGAAAACUAUCUUUACAUGUAUUUGAAAAAAUAAAACACUAUUGUGGAAAAAAUAAUAAAUUAUUUCCUAUGGUAUCUAAAGAUAAUUCUGAUGGGGUUUGUCUUCUAGGGGAAAUACAGCAGUAAUCCUGAGGCCCCCUGACCUUAGUGUUCAGCUUAGUGUUUCAUUCUCCACCAAAUGCAGAGAGUGAAAUGAAUACCCAAGACCAGAAGGAAGAUAAUGCUUUGCAGUCUUCAUUUAUUAAUCUGAGUAUCAGCAUUUAUAUACCUUUUAGAUUAGUGUUACAAAAUUACUAGCCUACAGGGCAUUUCCAUAGCUACCUUAACUGUCACUACCAAGAUGAUUAUCAACACAGAAUUGUAAAUAGCACAGUUGCGAAGCUCAUUAAUAUCACCAGAAUUGUAAAUAGUUGUGAUAUUUGCCAAUACAGAGCAGAAAUUAUCAUACUGAAAUGGACAAAUCCCUCCUUUCCGCCUCAGGCCAGCAGAAGAAAGUUUGCUCAGCUAGAUUGGGGGAUUUCUUUUGUAUUUCAAAAGGCUGGCUCAACAAUGCCCUUAAGGGUAUCUGUUUCGGAUGGGUGGUACUUGGGUGGUACUGGAAACUGAUCCUAUCUAUGUUAAAAUAUCUGUUCCCACCCUCCUGAUGUAAAAUGCGAAUCACAGAUUAAAAUGUAACAAGCUGAACAGAAAUGCUUAUAAGGCUGUCUUUAGUUCUGUAAAGCAUGGAAUUCUCGAUUAGAACUCCGUCCAGAGCUCAGUACCAAAUAAAUUCUAAAUCUUCCUCA